AUGUCGACAUUCGAAAACAUUUGUGGAGGCUUCCUCGCUGCGGGAAUAGUCAGUGCGAUUGUGCUCGGCGUAGUUACUGUUCAGACAUCGCUCUACUAUCACGGAUAUCCCGCCGAUCCUUUUGGUGUCAAAGUCGUUGUCGGGUUUCUGUGGUACGCCCUGAUAUAUCAAAGUGUUCGUCAAACUAUCAAGUGA